AUGACCACCUGCAGCCGCCAGUUCACCUCCUCCAGCUAUGAAGGCUCCUGCGGCAUCGGCGGUGGCUCCGGCCGCAUCUCCUCCGUCCUGGCCGGAGGAUCCUGCCGGGUUCCCAGCACCUACGGGGGCCUGUCGGUCUCCUCCUCCCGCUUCUCCUCCGGGGGCGCCUGCGGGAUUGGGGGCGGCUAUGGCGGCGGCUUCAGCAGCAGCAGCUUUGGUGGGGCCCUGGGUGGCGGCUUUGGUGGGGGAUAUGGUGGUGGCCUGGGUGCCGGCUUCGGUGGUGGCUUUGUUGGAGGUUUUGGAGGUGACUUUGGUGGUGUCGAUGGUGGCCUCCUCUCCGGCAACGAGAAGAUCACCAUGCAGAACCUCAACGACCGCCUGGCCUCCUACCUGGACAAGGUGCGUGCCCUGGAGGAGGCCAACACCGACCUGGAGGUGAAGAUCCGUGACUGGUACCAGAGGCAGUGGCCCAGCGAGACCAGGGACUACAGCCCAUACUUCAACACCAUCGAGGACAUGCGGAACAAGAUCAUCACGGCCACUGUCGAGAAUGCUCGGCCCACUCUGUAGAUCGACAAUGCCAGGCUGGUGGCCGAUGACUUCAGGACCAAGUAGGAGCAUGAGUUAGCCCUGCGCCAGGGCGUGGAGGCCGACAUUAACAGCCUGCGCAGGGUGCUGGACGAGCUGACUGUGAGCAGAAGCGACGUGGAGAUGCAGAUCGAGAGCCUCAAGGAGGAGCUGGCCUACCUGAGGAAGAACCACGAGGAAGAUAUGCUUGCCCUCUGGGGUCAGAGCGGCGGGGACGUCAGUGUGGAGAUGGACGCGGCUCCCGGCAUGGACCUGAGCUCUAUCCGGAACAGGAUGUGUGACGAGUAUGAGCAGCUGGCAGAGAAGAACCGCAGGGACGCGGAGGCCUGGUUCCUGAGCAAGACCGAGGAGCUGAACAGAGAAGUGGCCUCUAACAGCGAACUGGUGCAGAGUGGCCGCAGUGAGGUGACCGAGCUCCGGAGGGUGCUGCAGGGCCUGGAGAUCGAGCUGCAGUCUCUGCUCAGCAUGAGAACAUCCCUGGAGAGCAGCCUGGAGGAGACCAAAGGCUGCUACUGUAUGUAGCUGGCCCAGAUCCAGGAGAUGAUCAGCAGCGUGGAGGAGCAGCUGGCCCAGCUGUGCUGUGAGAUGGAGCAGCAGAGCCAGGAAUACAAGAUCCUGCUGGAUGUGAAGACGCGGCUGGAGCAGGAGAUCGCCACCUACCGCCGCCUGCUGGAGGGCGAAGACGCCCACCUCUCCUCCUCCCAGUCCACUUCUGGCCAGUCCUAUUCUUCCCGCGAUGUUGUCUACUCCUCCUCAUCUUCCUCCUCUGGCUGCCAGACCCGGCCCAUCCUCAAGGAGCAGGUCUCUACCAGCUUCAGCCAGAGCCAGCAGUCCAAGAACUGA